UUUAUCUCGGAGAAGUGAAAACUGUGAAUAAUUAAUAAUUAUCAUACUAUAUUUGUUAUUUAUUACUUAUGGUUAAUAGUUUUUUUAUCCAACUUCAAAUUUGUUAAUAAACGAUUUUUAAAUUUGUGAUUUUGUGAAAAAUAAUGGAAAAACUGAUUAAAUUAAAAACUCUUAAUUGUCAUAUAACGUGUAAAAUAUGUAGAGGAUAUUUAGUGGAUGCAACAACAGUAACAGAAUGCUUACAUACAUUUUGCAAAAGCUGUCUUGUGAAACAUUUAGAAGAAAACAACAGUUGUCCUACUUGUCAAAUUGUUAUACACCAAUCACAUCCAUUGCAGUAUAUAAGUUUUGAUCGUACAAUGCAGGAUAUUGUAUUUAAAUUAGUGCCUGGGCUUCAGUUAGAUGAAAUUAAGCGUGAAAGAGAAUUCUAUAGAAUCAGAGGUUUACCAUACCCUAAAGAAGUCCCGGCUGGUACUGAAAUUGAUGAUGAUAAGACAGCACAAGAUCAAGCUGCAGCAGAUUCUGAUUACCAUAGAACAGAUGAACAAGUAAAUAUCGGAUUGGAAUGUGUUGCAUCUCACUUGAAAUCGUUAAAGAAAAAGUUCCUAAGAGUGUCAUCUCAGGCCACUAUUACACAUCUUAAGAAAUUCAUUGCUGUGAAAGUACUUGAUGGAUCAGAUAAAUACAGAGACAUUGAUAUAUUGUGUAAUGAUGAAUUAUUGGGAAAAGAUCAUACUCUUAAAUUUGUAUAUGUAACAAGAUGGCGAUUCAGAGAACCUCCUUUAAAAACUUCAGUAUAGGCCAAAAUUAGAUUUGUAAAUUAUUUUUUUGAUCUGUUAUAUUCAGUAUUGUAUCUUUUUACUUAUCGUAUGUACAACUUUUUUUUUAAACUUAUGUCUGUUCAUUUUAAUUAAAAAUCAUAAUGUAUUAAAAUACAUUUUAAAUAUUACUGUUAAAUGAAAUACAUUUAACUUUUUUUAACACUUUUACAAUCUUAAAAAUAUAUGUAUUGCGUAUAACAUACAUAUUAUUUAUAUCAAUCUUAGAUUAAUAUAUUUGUAUAUAAUAUAAAAUAAAUUGAAUGGGUUUUGUAUUUUUUUAAAAGCAUGAUUUUUAAUUAAAUGUUAGUAAAAUUAUUAUAAAAGAUCAUAUCAACAUUGUUUAGUUACUAAUUAUUUAUAAAUAAUUUUACUUUUUAUGAUUAAAAUAUUUUUUAUUAA